CAUUUUGUAACAUUUGAUCAACGCCAUUUUGAUUUCGCUGGUCGAUGUAGUUAUGUUUUAGCUAGAGAUAUGGUUGAUGAUAAUUUCACUGUGGUAUUGAACUUUGAUAAGAACUCUGAACCUAAAUCUAUUGUGGUCUUACUCAAAGGAUUGACUGUUGAAGUCAACAAUGAAAACAAGGUUAGAAAUUAUGAUAUUAGAGAUGGGCGUUUCAGCUGA